CUCAAGCCUCUCGUUUCUUCCACUCCAGACAGACUACUUUUCUUUUCAUCUCUCCUUUCCCAACCAACCCUCCCCGGAGAAAGCCAAGAUGCCAUCAGCUUCCGGCCAGACUGUUUGCGUCACCGGCGCCGGCGGCUUCAUUGCCUCAUGGAUCGUAAAACUUCUCCUGGAAAAAGGCUACACUGUGAAAGGGACUCUAAGGAAUCCAGAUGAUCCGAAGAAUGCCCAUUUGAAAGAGCUGGAAGGAGCUAAGGAGAGAUUAAGUUUAUGGAAAACUGAUCUUCUUGAUUAUGAGAGCCUCAAGGAAGCCAUUGAUGGCUGUGAUGGUGUCAUUCACACCGCCUCACCCGUGACUGAUGAUCCCGAACUAAUGGUGGAGCCAGCUGUGGACGGAACAAAGAAUGUGAUCAUCGCCACGGCAGAGACCAAUGUACGGCGUGUAGUGUUUACGUCGUCAAUCGGUGCGGUGUACAUGGACCCUAACCGAGGCCCGGAUGUGGUGGUGGACGAGUCGUGUUGGAGUGACCUCGAGUUCUGCAAGAACACCAAGAAUUGGUAUUGCUAUGGGAAGGCGGUGGCUGAGCAGGCAGCAUGGGAGGUUGCCAAAGAGAAAGGGGUGGAUCUGGUGGUGGUGAACCCGGUUUUGGUGCUUGGACCGCUGUUGCAGCCAAAUGUCAAUGCUAGCGUUGUCCACGUCCUCAAAUACCUAACCGGCUCUGCCAAGACAUAUGCCAACUCCGUCCAAGCCUAUGUACAUGUUAGGGACGUGGCACUUGCCCACAUCCUUGUUCUCGAGACUCCCUCCGCCUCCGGCCGCUACCUUUGUGCUGAGAGUGUGCUUCAUCGUGGUGACGUCGUGCAAAUUCUUGCCAAGCUUUUUCCAGAGUAUCCUAUUCCCACCAAGUGUUCGGAUGAAAAGAACCCGAGAGCAAAACCCUACAAGUUCUCGAACCAGAAGCUGAAGGAGCUGGGAUUAGAGUUCACACCAGUGAAGCAAUGCCUGUAUGAGACCGUUAAGAGCUUGCAGGAGAAGGGUGUCCUUCCAGUCCCGACACAGCAAGAAGAAUCAAUCCGAAUUCAGUGAUGAUGUUGAUAAGGAGCAUGCAUGGGCUCGCUCCGGUCGACAAUGGCAGCAUUAAGUUUUUUUUAUAUAUAUAUAUAUAUAUAUAAAUGUUGUAAAGAUAAGAAAUAAAUGUGAGAGACUUUGACGUGUUAGCAUAUAGUUUAUUAAUGAAUGUCUAAUAUAUAUAUAUAUAUAUAUUCUCAUGCUUAUUGACUAUUUGGGUUAAAUGUACGUAGCUAUAUAUGAACAUGCAAAUUAUAUUAAAUGAGGCUAUAUAUAGCACAAUCCAUUUAAUUUGUUACCUCGUUUA